AUUUUAUUAUUAGGUGAGACAGGUGUAGGAAAGUCAACAUUUAUCAAUUCUUUUGCCAAUUACCUGACAUACGAUACACUGGAACAGGCAGUCAAUGGAGACCCAGUAUGUCUCAUACCCACACAGUUUGUGAUGACCGACGAAAACUAUGUGGAACAACUGUGCAACUAUGGACAGGUAGAUGAAAACGAAUCGUGCAAUUUGGACGGCCAGUCGGUAACACAAGACUGUCAAACCUAUUGUUUUGCCUACGAUUGCCAUACCAUUCGUCUGAUCGAUACGCCCGGUGUGGGCGACACCCGUGGUCUCGAUCAGGACAAAGUCAACUUUGACCGUAUAUUGCGAUUCAUUGCCCAGUACGACGUACUGCACCUGAUCUGUAUACUUAUGCGGCCAAACAUGACACGACUGACUACCGGUUUCGAGUACUGUCUACGACAACUGUUAUGUCAUCUGCAAAAAGAUGCCUCAAAAAACAUGGUGUUUCUGUUCACUAAUUCCCGUACCACUAACUACCGUCCCGGCCAUACGCUUGUACUGCUCAGGCAAAUGAUGGCCAAAAUCCGUGAACAACCUCCCAAUGUAGACAUAACACUGAACAAGCAUACAAUGUACUGUUUGGACAACGAUUCGUUUCAGUGUUUGAUUGGACAGCGCAAUGGACUGGUAUUCAAUGAGAUGGAGAAGCAUACCUAUGCCAUGAGUUGGGACAACUCGGUCCACGAAUGUAACCGAUUGAUUAACUAUGUGUCCAAUGGCAGUACAGGUAUUGCACCGCUAGUGCCGCACAAAAUACAGGACACAUUGUCCAUCAAUGAUACCCGACGUAUGAUACUGGCGCUGACGGAACCGGCAUUUAUCAUAACAAAUACUAUUGAGAAAAAUAUGGUAGUCCUUGAAAGGGUACAGCUAGAAAUACGUAACUACCAGGGUAAUAUUAAUGAACUACACCGGGAACUAAAUAUGAUGGGCUAUAGACAACAAAUAUCAAUUUUGAAACCCAUUUAUCUGAUGUUUCGCAGUCAAUACGAGCACAGUCAGGACAGUAUACUGGAUCAUCUGUUACGGUUGAAUACAGAGAAAAAAGGUAAAGAAGCACUGAUCCGACAGUAUGACACCCGUUUGCAUGACAACAAAUAUGAACAGGAAGCCAUAUUGAAAUCGGUAGCCAAAUUUGCACUGUUUCUCAGUCAAAAUGCCAUUACUGUAUCCAAUGAUCCGUUUGAGGUGUAUAUCGAGGAACAGUUGGAUAAGGCUCGGAUAAAUUAUACUAAAAAUAACAAUAACAAUAAUAAUAAUGACAAUAAUGUUGACGGUAAACAGGAAAUUAGAAAUUUAGAUAAUAUAUUGAAACAAUAUAGACGAGAGAAAUCAAUAUUAGACAGUUAUAUCAAAAUGGGAAAUGUAGAUGUACGCACAAUUACCAUUGACUAUGUUAAAGGCCUGAUUGAGGAUCUGUAUGGACUCAAAGAGACCGGUUCACUGAUCAAACAGUUGCACCGGCAGAGUAUAACUAAAUUAAGUAAACAGUGUCGACGCGAAUCAUUGUAUGAAAUACAUGGUGAUACACCUAGAUCAUUUUUUAGAUUGCUCAAAUAUCAUUGA